ACGAGAUUAAAGAAACAAGCGAGCAGGCUCUGAAACUUCAUUCGAAUGUGCAAGGAAGCCGAGUGAGCAUUUAGCGAUUGAUUGUAAGCAUUGUGUGCAACAAGAUCCUGCUGUUAAAUUACACAGGACACAGCAAUGUUAGUAAAUCAACUGAAACGGAUGCUUUGUCUGAUGUAGGCCCACGUGCAGAUUCGAAUAAAUAUAAAUAAAAGCUGAAACUGUCCGCCGAAAGAAACGAUUGCACAGCCGGGCAUUCAUUCAGUCCUCAUCCGCUGUUACGAUGUCCUCUGAGGAAAUCAUAGCUAUCAUAAUCGAUGGUAAGACGUACAAUGUCAGCAAGAGUAAGUUAAUUGAGAAAAGCGAUUAUUUCAAAGCCCUGUAUAACUCUGGAAUGAAGGAAUCCGAAGAGGGCUCGGUGCAGCUGCAGGGCUUGAGUGCUCAUGGACUGGAGUUAGUCAUUGAAUUCAUCAAUACUUCCAAAGUACAUUUUGACAACGAGACCUUGGAAGAUUUAGUGGAAACAGCAUCUUUUCUCCAGGUGUCUUCCAUCUUGAAACUGCUCCUCUCUGAGGUUAAGGUGGACAACUGCGUGGAGUUAUAUAAACUUUCUGAAAUUUAUGGAAUCACUGAUCUGAGAAAUGCCUGUCUCAGGUUCAUGGUAUGUCACUACCACCCAAUGCUGAGGAGGCAGGAAUUUAGGCAUCUACCCAACACUUUGCGUCAACAAGUCAGGGAGAUGCGCCUUAAAGGCACAGCUGUCUUGGUGGCAGUGGGGGAUUUCUUUAGCACCUCCUUGGAUCAGUCUCUUGAUGAGGCCUGGUCAAUGCUGAGAUAUGAUGAGGUUGGACAGAGAUGGCUACCCCUGGCAAACAGCCUCCCUCCGGACAUGGUGAAUGUGAGAGGCUAUGGUUCUGUAGUCCUGAACAAUUACCUUUUCAUCAUUGGCGGAUACAGAAUGACUAGUCAAGAGAUCUCGGCUGCACAUUGCUACAAUCCUUGCAAAAAUGAGUGGAAUCAGAUUGCACCAAUGAAUCAAAAAAGAUCAAAUUUUAAACUUGUAGCUGUCAGUGAGAAAUUGUAUGCAGUCGGUGGUCAGUCCCUUUGCAAUGUUGAAUGUUACAAUCCAGAGAUGGAUUGGUGGAGUUUUGUAGCCUCAAUGCCAGAUCCUCUUGUGGAGUUCUCAGCCUGUGAAUGCAAAGGGAUGAUCUAUGUAAUGGGUGGAUACACAACACGAGAUCGAAAUAUGAACAUUUUACGGUACUGCCCUACCUCAGAUGCUUGGACUGUCCUAGAAUCCUGUGAGCUUCAUAUUCGUAAACAACAAAUGGUGUCUGUGGAAGAUACAAUUUACCUUGUUGGUGGCUGCAUCCAUGAGAAAGGUGGAAGUAGGAAGGGAAGUCAUACUGAAGAUAUGCUUACAAUUCAGUCCUACAAUGUGAACACUAGGGAAUGGCUCCACCUCAAGGAAAACACAUCAAAAUCUGGACUAAAUUUGACUUGUACAUUGCACAAUGAUGGGAUCUACAUUAUAAGUAGAGAUAUUGCACCAACAACCAGCCUUGAACAUCGUGUAUUCCUCAAGUACAAUCUAUUUUCAGAUAUGUGGGAAGCAUUCCGACGUUUUCCAGCAUUUGGACAAAAUACUUUACUUUGCUCAUUGUAUUUCCCUAACAUAAUUUAACAGUAAUUGUUUUGUGAUGAAAUGGAGUUGGUGUAAAUGCAGCAAGAUCCUAAAAUGAAGAGGAAUGGUAGAUGUGGGCCGAUUUCAUGGAAGCAAACUGCUCCAGCUUAAAAGAGUCAGAGUUGAUCAUUAUUCCUAGGCAAUUAGUUGUGAACUGAAUCUUCACAGUAAUAAUACAACAGCAGGUAAUUGGGGAACACAAGCUAAAACAAAUAAAUUCCUUCAGAUUAAUAAUACAAAUGAAUUACUUUUCUUAAACGGUAAAGAACAAAGAUAAGAUUUUGAAAACACAGUUAUAUGGCAGUGAUUGGUGUCAAUCACUUGAGAAGGGGCCUUGUUAUUAAAUGGCCGUUGAUGGCAAAGUUACAUUCCAGUGAAGUGUGAUGUUGAGCCUGUAAGUGACUCAUAAUGCAUGAUGUGUCCUCAGUGCAGAAUACUUAUAACCUAAUAAAAGCUUAAUUUUACUCCACUAAAGAAUCUUUCAUUGCUCCAAACAAUAACAAUUUUGUUCAUAUAGACAUUUCAUCAGCAUGACACAAAAUGCACAGCAGCAAUCUGGUUUAUUUGUUUUACAGACAAAUGUGUACUUUAAAAUGGGACUGUUUCGGUGUUUUUAAAAAUGAAUCAAUUUCAAAAUCUUAAUGUCAACACUUUAAAGUAUUUAGAAUACAGGGUACAUGUUUAAUUUAUUUUUGUUAGUCAUUUGUGUCAAAAUACUGAGUGAAGAGGAGUGUUGGUCUGAUUCUUGUUCUGACAAUGUAAAGGUGCUCAA